AUGGCGGAGUUGCUGCGAAAGUUCAGUAUCAAAUCAAAAGGUGGUCAUGGAAAGCUUUUAAGGUUAAUUCAAAACCCUGUGACCGAUCACUCACCUAUCAACUCCUGCAAAGUAGGUCUUUCUUUUAGCUCACAAAAGACAGUUCAAUUAAGGGACUAUGUUAGUGAUGCUAAUUGUAAUGAGAACCUUGUAUUCGUGGUUGGUGCAAUGGCUCAUGGAAAAAUUGAUGCUGACUACAUUGAUGAUCUUAUAUCAGUUUUUGGGUCCCCAACUAUUCUUUUGCAUCAAUUUGCUAACGAUAAGCUUUUGGAAGAUUUUCAAAGUCUUGCUGUGUAA